UCGCAUGACCGUGACCGGAAAUUCCUCGCUUAAAAAGACAUAUGGACAUGUGUGUAUAUUAUAACUGGGAGUAUACACAUUCCCUAUUUGCCGUUGACAUUGUUAGCUUCAUAAUUCACAAACUGACCACUAUAAAGUUGCUGAUAAAAAACCUGUUCCGAUCAAAGGGCGCGCUUGCGUCUGUAACAAUUAACUCGUCUACACGUAUGCUAGCUUGCCCGUACGACUACAGUUGAAAAAUGUCUGCUGCUAUUUCUAAUAUAAAACCUUUGACAAAAGACCAUGGACGCUACGAAGAUGCUUUUAACAAUGCUUUCUAUAAGGUGGUGAAGAAAGAUGUCGCUCUCGAAAAGGUGAUUCAAUAUUUUGAUGCCACAGUGAUGAAGAGGCUUACUGAUGUCUUUGGGUGUGGUGAAGAGUUCAGUCUACUUGGUGUAGGAGUCGGAGAAGGCCCGCAGGAAUUUCACUUUCUGAAGAGUCUUCAAUCUCACUACUCAUCCAUAUGUAAUGUUGCAGUAGACCCUAAUGAAGGCAUGCUACAAACAUUCAAGGGUAGAGUUGCUACAUUGAAUUUUGAUGACAAAUCGUCUUGUCAUUGGUUCACUGGUCCGUUGUCACAAUUCGUUGCUGAAAGCCCCUUGGCGGGAAACAAGUACAACCUCAUCAGCUCUAUUCAUUCGCUCUACUACACGGGUGACUUUGAGACGACCUUCACCCAACUAGCAUCCAUGAUGAAAGAUAAGGGUCUCAUGAUCAUCAUUUGUAAAAACGAUAUUAACCUGAUCUCACAAACAUUCCACAAGUUACCCUGGCUGGCAGAAAGCACUCUAUCAAAUGAACGACUUUCCUCGAAGAAUGUUCGAGAAUUUGCACAAAGCCAAGGAUAUGAUGUCACCACUGUCGACAUACCUGUACAUUGGGACAUCACCGAAGUGUUUGAUGACCAGUCAGACUUUGGAAAUAAACUCCUUGACUUCUUCACCCAGGCGGCGUACUUUCGGGAGACGGCACCGUCUGAGGUGGUCGAUGAUUUGAUGAGCUUUUGGCGUUCCAUUUCGACCGAAGAUGAGAAUGGACGUAUUUUAGCACCAGCCCAUGACGAAAUACUUCUCAUCUCCAAAUAAUUCACUGUAAUCGUUCUUCAGAGCACUUAAAAGUAUGUUGUUUACAAUAUCAAUAGAGUUUAUCACAAUUGCCCUUUUUCAUGCGCUUACUAUAUAGUUAUCUAUCUACCACGUAUUGGUGCUCAAGCAGCUCUAAUAGUGCCUUGGAUACGAUACAGGAUGCGACAUAUAUAUAGUUCCAUUUCAAAUAUUUUAUGAACGAUUUAGAUGAGCGAGUUUAAGGUAAAGGGAGACCAAAUAUGAGGGGGGAGGGUAUUUUGAAGAAAAAACUCCGAUACUAUUGUUAUCAUUAUUAUUGAAUUGAAUUGAUUUGAAUUGAAUUCAAUUCGAUCAUUCUAUUUUUCCAUUACUGCAAUAGUUUUACGCACAAAAUGUGAUAUUUAAGGAGCAAAAUCUUGUAACAUUUGAAACAUUGAAACACAAUUUUUGUAGUUAAAAAAGGUGAACUCUGGCCCGUGAAGGUACUGCGUCCCAUUUGCAGGCCAAUAAAUGAAAAGGUUAACUUCCAAUGGCAUUUGAAAGACAAUAAUAAUUUAGAACUUCCCUCAAAAUGUAAGGGCUUGAAAAUGG